GCUCCAUGAAGACUGAAUGAAUCAUGGAGGACAGAGAAACAUUCAGAGAUGGAGAUGUUUCUCCAGCAUUCAGUCAAUUCCAUUUGGAGAAAUCAAACUCACUGGAGCCCAGCUGUGUGUCCAUGAAGAGUGACUGGUCUAUGGGAAUACCACCAGAAUUUAAGGGAAAACACACACCAACUGAUCUGAGUCAAUUACACAGGCAGAGAUCAAACUCACCGGAGCCCAGCUGUGUGUCCAUGAAGAGUGACUGGUCUAUGGGAAUACCACCAGAAUUUAAGGGAAAACACACACCAACUGAUCUGAGUCAAUUACACAGGCAGAAAUCAAACUCACCGGAGUCCAGCUGUGUGUCCAUGAAGAGUGAAGAGGUAGAACACACACCAACUGAUCUGAGACAACUCCUCCCGGGAAACCACAAUGGGAUAAUCACUCAAAACGAAACAGACUUCAGCGUCACUGAUUUUACCUUCAACCCUUGGUUGAGCACAAGAACGAGUCACUGCACACGCGACGAACACUUCUGGAUACUGUCGCGCACUGUCAUCUGGACCACCAGUACAGGACGGUGCCUCAGUCACAACCAGAGAGGGCGAUUGAUUAACCCAAACGCGUCCGCCGGCUAA